UUCAUUUUAUUUAUUUUCCUUAAAAAUCUCUCUCUCUCCUCUCCCUCUCUCUCUCUCUCUCUCUCUCGCUCUCAGUUAUCCAUUUUGGAUUCGGCGACAACCGCCAUAGCCGUGCAAUUGAAAGCUCCAUCUCUCUCUUAAUUCUCUGCAAUUCUCUGCAAUUUCUUCAAUUCUCGUCUUCCUCUUAUCACAGAUUUGUAGAAUGCUGGGCCCAAAUUGACACUUUAAUUGUUCAUCCGAGUACUUGUCGUUGAAAUUAGAAGCAUGUUAGUGUGCAUUUUGUGGAUGGCAAGGUUGCUUACUUUUCCUGCUUUGACAGUUCAACUUUGAAUUCUCUGAUAUUGUUGAUGGACUUGGUGCAUUUUGGCUAGCAUUGUGGAUAACUUACAAAUAUUCUAGAAAACCUUGUUGCUUACGAAGGGAGAGCUGUCAUUUGGCCUUCUGGAGCCUCUUAAGUUUCACAAAACAGGGUUAUGCGGCUAUAGCAAAGGAGCUUUAUUUAUUUACGUUUCACGGUGCUUUGAAAUAAUUGGAAAAUGUCAGAAGUUGAUAUGCAAGUUAUUAAACCUGAGAUGAUGAAGUCCUAUAUCUGGCUUCAAACUGCUGAUGGUUCAAUCCAACAAGUAGAGCAAGAGGUAGCCAUGUUUUGCCCCAUGAUAUGUCAUGAAAUAUUACAGAAAGGCAUGGGAUCGUCCAAGAACUAUGCAAUAUCUCUUCCACAACGAGUUAAUCCUGCUAUGUUGAGCUUAAUUCUGGAUUACUGCAGGUUUCAUCAAGUACCAGGUCGCUCUAACAAGGAACGCAAGUCGUUUGAUGAAAGGUUCAUUAGGAUGGACACGAAGAGACUCUGUGAGUUGACAUCUGCUGCUGACAGCCUCCAGUUGAAGCCUUUGGUCGAUCUUACUAGUCGUGCACUUGCACGAAUAAUAGAAGGGAAAACCCCUGAGGAGAUUCGUGAGAUAUUUCAUUUGCCUGACGAUCUUACAGAGGAAGAGAAACUGGAGCCUUUGAAAAACUCUACGGAUGAUCCACGCAUUCGACUUUUGAAUCGACUGUACGCAAGAAAGAGGAAAGAAUUAAAAGAGAGAGACAAAUUAAAGAGUGUUGAGGCUGAAGAAGACCGCGUGGAUGACCGUUCAGUUGAUGAUCUCCUGUCAUUUAUAAAUGGAGGAAAUGGAGAGGUUAGGAAAUUCUGUUUCACAGAUUCUAAGGGGGUUAAAACUUCCAAGGGUAAAAAGAAGAACCGAAGAAGAAAAGAUCCACAGAAAAAUGCUUCUGCCGAUGAAUCCGUUGAAAGCCAUGAGAAGGAUUCAAAUUGCCUUAAUUUUAUAUGCCAUAGAACUGAAGUUGACAAGUUGCGGCCCCACCCCGGUGAGACGUCAAAAUUACCAGAUGAGGAAGAUGAAGCUUUUGCACAUAAGGUUGAGUUCGAUGACGGUGAUAUUGAUGAUGAGAUUGACCCUGCAUUAAAGGAAGAAAUUGAUAGGGAGGUGGAAGAUUUUGCUCGGAGAUUGAAUUCAGACUGGCCUGAAAGGAUGCAAGAGAUUCUUUCUUUGGGUCAAGAAAGAAGGCCAGUACAUUUUUUCCAUUAAUGGAAAUGGAAGAACCUUAGGGAGACAUGCUGUUUAGCGAAGUUGCAGAAAAUCAUCCUUUCUGGUGUUGUAUUGCCCCCUUUUUAAGUAGUCCUUUCUGGUGUUAUGUUCCCCCCUUUUAAGUAAUCCUUUUGCCAUUUUUAUGUAUUUAAUAUUUCCUCUUGGCUGUGUUAUAUGUAAUUAGUUGUGGCAGAGAGUUGUGAACUCCAGAAUUCUUUCUAACUCUUUAAUGUUUGAUGCAUAUUAUAUGUUGGGGAAUCUUCUAUCGUUAGCUGUGCAUGAUGACUGGGAAUUUUGUAUUCACCACUUAGAAAGUGACAGUGCUUGAUGUGUCAGUUCUGCCUGUUACUUGUCAACUUGCCCAUGAUUUGGAGUUUCAACUUUGACAGUUCAAGACCAAAAAUGUAGACUCAUUUUUUUCCCCCUAAAGCGCCAUAUGAAACACGGCAGUUUCUUAUUGGUUAAAUGUGCUUUAGGCAUCAUUAUACAAAUCUUGAACUGCAAAUAUUUCCUACAGGGAAAAACAUUUCAUCAUAUAAAUUUUGAAGUUAAAUUUUUUUCCAGUGAAAAACAUUUCUUCCACAAGUGCUUGUACAUUGGUUUUAUUAUGCAAUGUGACCCAUUGUGAAUGAUUUAGUAGUAUAUUCUAUAACUUGAUUUUGUUCUAUAAAAUUCGGAAUUAUCUACAGCACAUCCUAGUGUUCUAUGUGUGUGUUCCACUCCGAACCCCACCCCCUCCCAUGCGUGUGGUAAAGAGCAAAAUUUUAAUCAUUCUCAAAUUUAAAUUUCCUUAUCAAGAAUUUGUAGACAGAUUAUUUGUAAUCUCCUAUUGCUUUUAGGUUCUUGCUUGAGGAUCCAGCAGCUCAUUCUCAUCUUAGCUAUCACCAUCAUACUCUACAGUACUAACAAUAAUUUGUGUCCAUAGAUAGGACCAGGCCCGGAGCGGAAAUGAUCCUCUUCCACAAAAUGGAUGCGGUCACUGAAUGGCCAAUGGCUGGAACAAUUUUGACCAGAGGCUUACAGGCGCUUAGCAGAGUUCCUAGAGUCGCUAAUGUGGAUUGACAUGAGAAUUUUCUUUUAUUCGUUUUUUUUUUUUGGUUGUGCUUAAGCCAGGAUGGAAUUUUUAUUCUGGAUUGCACCUGUAUUCUAUGGGAAAAGAAAUAACCAAAAAAAAAUUUUUUUUUUUUUUUUUUCCCUGAGCUAAUUCUGCUCAAUGUGGUUUGCAUUUAGUGGUAGUUUCUUGCCAUUAGAUUUGUGUCCUUUCAUAAACUAAUAAAUUUUGUUGAUUUUCUAUAUAUGAUUACUGAAAUGAAUUUUCUAUUCA